AUGUUGAUCAUCCACAGAGCGGGUUGUCAAGGUGGACAGCGAGGUCACGGGGUCGCCUGUGACGUCGACAGCCACGGGGAGAAUGAGUGCGUGUUCGCUAGAGACGGCAAACUCUCCAUCCGAGACUUGACACACACCUUCAAAGGAGACCGCUGUCCUAGUCUGGUGGGCAAGCCCAAGAUCUUCAUCUUCCAGGCUUGUCGUGGGGAUAAACAUGACGAGCCAGUCAGUCCUAUAGUAGACGUGGUGGACUGUGAGGUUCAUGCUAACCAGCUGGUUGUGGAUGCUGGGACGGUACACACACUUCCUGCUGGUGCGGACUUCCUGAUGUGCUACUCUGUGGCCGAGGGUUAUUUCUCCCACAGAGAGACGUUGAAUGGAUCGUGGUACAUCCAGGACCUAUGUGAAGUGCUCCAGGAGUACGGAACGCGGCUGGAGAUCACAGAGAUGAUGACGCUAGUUAACCGCCGGGUGUCGCUGCGACGCGUAGAGAACUGUGCCGACCGCAACGCCAUCGGGAAGAAACAGGUCCCUUGCUAUACCUCUAUGCUCACAAAGAAACUUUACUUCAGAUCCAAGAAGCUCUGA